GGGUUAACCGCCGAGCCGGCGGCCGCGGCGCGGACGGGAGGGCGCACGGGGGCGCGCGGGCGCGAGCGCGGGGAUGGAGGACGGCUUGGCCGGGCCCCGGCUUGGGGUGGCGGCGGAGGCGGCCGAGGCGCGGGCGCAGCCCGGGGUGACGCUGCGGCCCUUCGCGCCCUUCUCGGCGGCCGCCGAGAGCGACGAGGGCGGCGGCGACUGGAGCUUCAUCGACUGCGAGAUGGAGGAGGUGGACCUGCAGGACCUGCCCAGCGCCACCAUCGCCUGCCACCUGGACCCGCGCGUGUUCGUGGACGGCCUGUGCCGGGCCAAAUUCGAGUCCCUGUUUAGGACCUAUGACAAGGAUAUCACCUUCCAGUAUUUUAAGAGCUUUAAGCGGGUCCGGAUCAACUUCAGCAACCCCUUAUCCGCGGCGGACGCCCGGCUCCAGCUGCACAAGACCGAGUUUCUCGGGAAGGAAAUGAAGUUAUAUUUUGCUCAGACUUUGCACAUAGGCAGCUCACACCUGGCCCCGCCCAACCCAGACAAGCAGUUCCUCAUCUCCCCGCCUGCCUCUCCGCCGGUCGGCUGGAAGCAAGUGGAAGACGCCACGCCAGUCAUAAACUAUGAUCUUUUAUACGCUAUCUCCAAGCUGGGGCCAGGGGGCAAGUAUGAGCUGCACGCGGCCACCGACACCACUCCCAGCGUGGUGGUGCACGUAUGUGAGAGCGACCAAGAGAACGAGGAGGAAGAGGAGAUGGAGAGAAUGAAGAGACCCAAACCAAAAAUUAUCCAGACCAGACGGCCCGAGUUCACGCCGAUCCACCUGGGCUGAGCCGGCACAGGGCCGGAGAAGCACCCGAGUCGCACUCACGGGACGGGGUCAUUUACUGUGCCAGUCGCCCGACACAACUUUGGAGGUGGCAGCCAUGACCGCCGUGGCGGAAAUUCCAGUUCCUGUUGCUCGGAAGAGAAUCAAGGCUUUGUCUCCUUGUCCCAGUCCGUGUGCUUGGCACCUGGGAAGGACCGGGGCCGCCCGCUGCGUCUGCAGCGCUCGCGCGUGGACGUUUGGGGACGUCUUGAGCAAACCGGUCACAGUAGCGUUUUGUACUUGUUCUUUUCUGGUAGGUUCUGUUUUUGCCGAGGGCAGGCGGACCCUCGGGUCCCGGGGAAGCUUCUGUUUUUGAGCAGCCCACGGGGCAGAUUGUCCCGGUGGGAAGGAGCACCCCGCCAGGCCACCAGGUGUGGAGUGCCGAGAGGUCGUGAAAACACCCACAAUGCCACGUGGAAAUUGUAGCGUCCAAUUCCUUCCCCCCCCACCCCCACCCGGUCUAAUGUUUGUGCAUGUAUAUCUCCGAUCUUCAAGACUAAGCCUUGUUCGUGUAUGUAUGAACUUACGCCACUGUUCUUUUACGUCUUUUGGGAAGCUGGGAACGCAUUCGGGAAAUGCAUCACUCUUUCGGAGCCUCCAGUCCUUUGCAACAGCACUCGCCGUGCGGCCUGCCACCUAGAGUACAUGCCCAUGCUUUUACAAAAAAAAAAAAAAAAUCAGUUGAUCCGAAAGCCCUGUGCAGUUUCACUGCCAACUUUGAGUGGGUGCGACAUUUUGGUUUAGGUGUUUGGGGUUGGGCUUCGGUUUCCGUUGUUUCUUUUACGUGGUGGCAUGCGCACAUGAAUCAGAGCCAAAAACCUCCUUGGGAACUGUCGGUUGAGAGCGCUGAUUCGUCACCCCCAGCGAAACACCGAGACGAACUUGUAAAUAAAGCCGAGGGCCUCUGUUCACGCCUGUGGGAUACUCGGGCGAAAAGGCCGUGGGAGAGCAGUGGCGGAUGUGCUAACCUCCCUGUGACGUGUGUGUUGUAGAGACGUGUAACGGGGUUGAAUUCAAAGCAUGUCAAGUGGGUAGUAGCUGUGUGUUGCUAUGAGAGGGAUGCAGUGCCUUUUCUCAUUAAUUCCUGACGGAAUUGUUGCCCUAGGUAAACAUUUGUAAUUUUUUUCUAGUUGUAAUGUGUACAUCUGGUAAAUAGCUAUUAUAUUUUGGCCUUACAAUACCAUAACAGAGUGUGUCAUUUUGAAAUGCCAAGUGACAGAUGCAUGCUUUGGACAUUUGAAAGAUGGUUCUCUUUCUUUGAGAAGAAAAUGCAUUUGCAUUCAAUCCUUUGAUUGCUCAUAUCAAGAAAUUGAAUGUUCUCAAAACCCCGUUUGCAGUACUUGGUAGGAGAGAGCAUUGCAUAGCUCUUCAAGUGUUUCUCGUUAAGUGCUUUUAAACUGGAGAGGAGAACCUCAAAGUAUUUUUUUUAACUGCGUUCUCUAAUAAAUCAGCACAACACACUC